UUGAAGGCAACGUAAAGAACCCGGAAGUAACGAGCAAAACCAAAACAAAUGCGUUCUGUUAACUCUGAGAUACACUUUUUAAUCGUUUUGUACGGAAAUACAUAAAAAAUAACAUGUCUUUUAAACGUGAAGGUGACGAUAGGAGCCAGCUAAACGUGCUAAAGAAACGACGGGUUGCAGACCUGUUGUCCAACUAUAUCCCAGAAGAUGAAGCGACUAUUAUGAGCAAUGGAAGAUACACGUGUCUUGUGUGUUCCUAUGGGCCAGUGUUUGAUACCGUUGACAUGCUGACAGUGCAUCGGAAUGGGAAAAGACAUUUAGAGGGUCUCAAGAGAUUUUACAAGAAGAAAGCAGAACUGAAAAAUGAGAUUGCUAAAAGAAAACAUGAGAACUACAUUCGGUCUGAAGAAAACUCUCAGGAAGAAUCCAGCUCGGCCCCUUUACUGGCUCAGACAAGAAAGCUCACCCAUCACGCCUUAUUGAGGACAGUCCCUUACAACAGCUGCCAUAGAAAAACAAGCACGACGUCAGAAAAACAAUCAGCUAGUAGCACAUCCAAUUUCAGUCACAACUCCAGACUCUGUGAAGUUAAACCUGCUACAACAUCAACAAAUUCUACUGCCACAACACAAACUGAUAAGGCGGUCAUCACUAAAGAAAUACACCUGGAAGAGUCUCCUCCAAUGUCAGAGCAGAGGAAAAAAGAACUGGAGCACUACCUCAAGUUGAAAAGUGCCGGCUGGAUCCAGGACAGGAGUGGACAGUGGCUCAAGGAUGACAAUGUGGAGUUUGAUUCAGAUGAAGAGGAGCCUCCAUCUUUGUCCACAUAGCAUUAUUGUCCUAAAGACUGUAUUUAUAUUUUUACAAGGACUAUUAGAAGUGUUAUAUACAGCCUAUGGUGCUUUCCUAUAAAAUGGGCAUAUUCAUUAAAGCAUUGGAUUUUUUUU